AUGCCGAACGCGUACUGCUACUUCGACAUCACCAUUGGUGGGAAACCUCAGAAGGAGCGGGUGGUAGUGGAGCUGUUCACAGAUGUGACACCCAAGACAUGCGAAAACUUCCGCCAGCUGUGUCUCGGCAACGAUGGGAAGAGGGUGGAGGGGACGGAGGUGCCCAUGACGUACCACGGUUGCACUUUCCACCGUGUCAUCCCUGGCUUUAUGAUCCAGGGCGGCGACUUCACCAAACACAACGGCACCGGUGGCGUCUCGAUCUACGGCGAGAAGUUCGAGGAUGAAAAUUUCACAAUUCCGUGCGACAAGAGCGGCCUACUCGCCAUGGCCAACGCUGGCGCCAACACCAACGGCUCGCAGUUCUUCAUCACGACGGCGCCGGCGACGCACCUGACGGGCCGCCACGUCGUUUUUGGUCGCGUGGUGCGUGGCAUGAACACAGUGCGCGCCGUUGAGCAGACUACCACCGGCGCCAACGACAAACCUGUGGUGGACUGCGUCAUCACCGGCUGCGGCGCGCUGGAUGCGGUGCCUGAAGUGGUGCUGGCUGCCGAUGGCGACAUGUACCCCGACUACCCAGAGGAUGUCGAGUCGCCUAUGGACGAUGCCAAGCGCAUCGCGGCCGCCGAGGAGAUUCGCCAGAUUGGUAACUCCCACUUCACGAGCGCCGCAUUCGACUUUGCCAUAGAUAAGUACUCGAAAGCGGUGCGCUACUUGAAUCAGGUGGAAAACAAGGAUGCUCACCCUGAGGUCGACAAGAAGCUGAUCGCUUGUUACAACAACAGCGCAAUGUGCGCUAUCAAACUCGAGCGGUGGUCGGAAGCUCGACAAACAGCGUCUCUUGCUCUCAGUGUGGAUGCGAAGAACGCCAAGGCGCUUUUCCGCCGCGGCAUGGCGGCACUGAGUACUGGCGAUGCCGACAGUGCUGUCGAGGAUUUGACGCUGGCGCACCAAACUGAGCCGGAGAACGCAGAGAUUGCCGCGAAGCUGAGCGAAGCAAAGGAGAAGGUGAAGAUGCAAAAGGCGAAGUUGGCAGCCAAACUCAAGAAGAUGUUCUCGUGA